AUGGCUCAACAAAAGCAGUUUAAUGAAGAAAUUCGUAGGCUAAAAGAGGAAAAUCAAUUUUUGAAAAAGGAAAAUACAGAAAUUAGAAAGGAAAAUUCUGAAGUGCGUGAUGAAUUGCGGAAUAUGAAAAGAGUAAUGGAAAUAUUAGAAAAAGAGAGUAAAAAAAAUAAUGUAGUAAUAAAUGGAUUAAAAAUGACCACAAAUGAACCACUGGUCUUAAAAGAACAUAUUAAAGAUUUUAUAAAAGAAAACUUAAAUAUUGAUACUACUCCAAAAUCAGUUACAAAAAUAGGUGAAAAAACAUGUGUUAUUAGUCUUGAAAACGAGAAAGAGAAAAAUGAUAUUAUGGCUAAUAAAUCUAAAUUAAGAUAUAUGAGUGAAGAUCGUAUAUUUAUUAGUGAAGACAUGACAUUUAAAGAAAGGGAAAAGCAAAAGAAAAUGAGACUGGUUGCCAAAACAGAAAAAGAAAAGGGAAAUACCGUAAAAAUAGGGUAUAAUAAAAUUAUUAUCAAUGGAGAAGAGUGGAGGUGGAAUAAAAUAACUGAAAGUAUAGUGAAACAAACGUCAAAAAACUAA